AUGGGGGCCAAGCUGGGUGGCGACGCCAAGCUGCAAGAGCUCCUGUCCAAGUCCGUCUUCCUCAUUAGCAUCGGCAGCCAGGACCUCAAUCCAAGAUGGAACCCGCAACCUGAUGAUCAGCCACAGGGAUCCGUGAUCCGGGAGCUCGCCGAGUUAUAUGUGGACGCUGUGAGAUCCCUCUAUGACAUGGGUGCUAGGAAGCUGGCCAUUGUAAACACUGGCCACAUCGGUUGCAUGCCCAAGCGCCGCAACUACGUCUGCGACCAGAGCCUGAACGAAAUUACCGCCGAGUUCAGCCAAGCCCUCCCGAGCUUCAUUCCGAGCGUCUCAUCCGAGAAGGCUGGGUUUUCCUACUCCAUCGGUGACUUUUAUGGAUUCGAAACCGACAUCUUCGCCGAUCCGACAGCUUUUGGCCCUACGUGCUACAUGACCGACGAUUACUGGUUUUGGGACACGGAGUUCAUUACAGAACACGCUGCCAAGCUGACAGCCGCUGCGUUUUACUAUGGUCCAUCCUACUAUACCGAACCAAUUACCUUUAAGGCACUGCUGGAGAAAAAAUAA